AUGGCAGAAACAGACCGUCCUCGGAAGAGGCUCGUCAUUGUCGGCCUCGGCAUGGUAGGCAUGUCAUUCAUAGAAAAGAUUAUUAAAUACGACACAAAAGAGCGGGAAUACGACAUUACCGUCCUCGGUGAAGAGCCAUAUCUGGCGUAUAACCGCGUGGGACUGACCAGCUUCUUCAACCACCGCGAGAUUCCGAAUUUAUACCUCAAUCCACAAGAAUGGUAUGACACAACGGCGAAAAAUGGCCUCGCGUGCCACAUCAACACCAAGGUCGUCGACAUCGACACCGCCUCCAAGGCGGUCCACUGCGAGACCGGCCAGACCGUGUCCUACGACGUCCUCGUCCUCGCCACCGGCUCCAGCGCCGUGCUGCCGCGGCGGACGCCUGGCCACGACGCCCACGGUGUCUUUGUCUACCGCACCGUCGACGACCUCAUGCGGCUCAUUGCCUUUUCCAAGGACAAGCGCGCGACCGACGGCCUCGUCGUCGGCGGCGGCCUGCUCGGCCUCGAGGCCGCCAAGGCCAUGAUGGAUUUAGAAGUCUAUGAAAAAGUCCGCCUGGUGGAACGGAACAAGUGGGUGCUGAGUCGUCAGCUGGACGCCGACGCCGGGGACAUGGUCGUGCAGCAGGUCCGUCAGCUGGGCCUCGACGUCAUGCUGAGCAAGCGCGUGCAAAGCAUCCAGGUCGAUGCGGCAAACAACGUGACGGGCGUAGUGUUUGAGGAUGGCGAGGAGGUGUCGUGCAGCACGGUGUGCUUUGCGAUUGGCAUCAGUCCGCGGGACGAGCUCGCGCGCAACGCCGGCAUCGAAUGCGCCGAGUCGGGAGGUGGUGGUGGCAUCAUUGUCGACGACAGUCUGCAGACCAGCGUUCCAGACGUCUACGCCGUCGGAGAGUGCGCGAGCUGGCGCAGCACGACAUACGGCCUCAUCGCGCCGGGCGUGGAAAUGGCCGACGUGCUGGCGUUCAACCUGACGCAGGCCGCGCUGCACACGCCGCGCGUCUUUAAGCGACCGGACGUGAGCACCAAGCUGAAGCUCCUCGGCGUCGACGUCGCGAGCUUCGGGGACUUUUUUGCCGACCGGGACGGGCCGAGGCAUCUACCACCGAAAUACAUCCGCGAUAGCAAGGCCAAGAGCAACGGCCCUUUGCCGGUAGACAAGCAGGCCAAGAUCCUCACCUACAAGGAUCCGUUCCAGAAUGUGUACAAAAAGUACAUCUUUACCGCAGACGGCAAGUACCUGCUCGGCGGCAUGAUGAUUGGCGAUACGAGCGACUACAUCAAGGUCGUGCCGCUCGUCAAGGCGAUGAAGGAGCUCGACGUCCCGCCGGGCGAUCUCAUCGUCGGCAGCAAGAGCGGCGGCGAGGAGAAUGGCGACGACCUCGACGACGACACGCAAAUCUGCUCCUGCCACAACGUCACCAAGGGCGACAUUGUCACGCAGGCGCAGAGCGGCGGGUGCAAGGACAUUGCCUCUGUGAAGGCCUGCACCAAGGCCGGCACCGGGUGCGGCGGGUGCAUGCCGCUCGUGACGAGCAUCUUCAACAAGACGCUGACGGGCAUGGGCCAGGAGGUGACCAACCACCUCUGCGAGCACUUUAGCUACUCGCGCACCGACCUCUUCAACAUCAUCAUGGUCAAGAAGCACAAGACCUUUGCCGAGGUCUUUGCCGACGCCGGCAACAACAACAACAACACUUUCAGCGCAGGCAGCGUGGGGUGCGAGAUGUGCAAGCCCGCCGUGGGGAGCAUCUUCGCCUCGCUCUGGAACCGGCACGUCCUGGCGUCGCCGCACCACGGCCUGCAGGACACAAACGACCGCUACCUCGGCAACAUCCAGCGCGACGGCACCUACUCGGUGGUCCCGCGCGUCGCCGGCGGCGAGAUUACGCCGGCCAAGCUCCUCGCCAUCGGCCGCGUCGCCGAGCAGUACGGCCUCUACACGAAAAUCACCGGCGGCCAGCGCAUCGACCUCUUUGGCGCCCGCAAGCAGGACCUCCCUGCGAUAUGGGCCGCGCUCGGCGCCGCGGGGCUCGAGUCGGGCCACGCGUACGCAAAGUCGCUCCGCACCGUCAAGAGCUGCGUCGGGUCGACGUGGUGCCGCUACGGCAUCGGCGACUCGGUCGGCCUCGCCGUGCGGCUCGAGGAGCGGUACAAGAGCAUCCGCGCGCCGCACAAGAUCAAGGGCGGCGUGAGCGGCUGCGUGCGCGAGUGCGCCGAGGCUCAGAGCAAAGACUUUGGCUUGAUUGCCACGGAAAAGGGCUUCAACGUCUUCGUCGGCGGCAACGGCGGCGCCAACCCCAAGCACGCCUCGCUGCUCGCCAAGGACGUGCCGCCCGCCGACGUCGUCGCCCUGCUCGACCGCUACCUGAUGCUGUACAUCCGCACCGCCGACAAGCUGCAGCGCACCGCGCGCUGGCUCGAGCAGCUCCCCGGCGGCGUCGCUUAUCUGCAGGACGUCGUCGUGCGCGACAAGCUCGGCAUCUGCGCGAGCCUCGAGGCGCAGAUGAAGGAGCUCGUCGACUCGUACUUUGACGAGUGGGCCGAGGCCGUCGCCGACCCGGCCAUCGCGGCGCGCUUUGCGCAGUUUGACAAUGUGCCGCCGCAGGAUGCUACCGCCCUGCCCGGCACGGAGAUGCAGACGGACCGGCAGCAGCGCCACCCGGUGCACUGGGCGCCCGAGUCCGCCACCGAGGACUUUCAAGCGCUCGGCACACGGUCCGGCAAGGAUGGCGGUGGUGAGUGGUCGAGCACGGCGUGGGAGCCCGUCAUCAAGGCCGCGCACUUUGCGGGCGCCGACGCGCUGCCCAACGGCAUCUCGGCGACCAUCAAGCGCGGCGACACGCAGCUCGCCGUGUGGCGCGUCCGGGGCGCGUACUACGCCACGCAGCAAAUGUGUCCGCACAAGCGCGCCUUUGUCCUCUCCGACGGGCUCAUCGGCCAGUCCUCCGCAGGCACAAUCUCCGUCGCCGACGAGAAUGGCGCGGCGCCGGCGCCGUGGGUGUCGUGCCCGCACCACAAGCGCAACUUUGACCUGUCGUCGGGGUCGUGCCGCAACGACGACGCCCUGUCGAUUGCGACGUUUGCGGUCGAGGAGCGCGCGGCGGACGGCAUGGUGCACGUGCUGCUGCCGCCCGAGGCGGAGCUCGACGCCAGGCUGGGCACCAAGAAGUGGAUGGUGAAGCAGGGCGAGAGCGGCGAGGCGCCGUUGGCGGCACUGGAUCGGAAAUACAAGCUCGUGGGACGAAAAGGGAGGAAACCCGGCGUCAGUGGUGGUGCGCCGAUAGCGGUGGCGACAACGCCGAUGAUCACGGCUGGAGGAGGGGGUUGCGGCAUGGCGCCGGAUUGGUAG